GUGGGUGCUGCAAGAUGGGCCGAGCCGCUGUCUACGUGGUCGCGCAUAUGAAUGCGCAAGCUGAGGAGAGGGGGGGGGGAUUUCGUCUGGCUCGAGCCAUAUUAGGACACGCUUCCUGCCGAUAAACGCCCCCUACGUCACUGACUGGAUACGGAAUGAAACACUUGUCACCUUCAAGCGAGAAGCGUGUAUUUUCCAGCUUCUCCACGUUUCUGCAGCAUUACAGCCAUUUUGCUUGAAUGAGAAAUUACUUCGUGUACAUUUACGGAAAGAUCAGAACAAAGCACGAUACUGUAAGUUAUAUGUAAAACAGAUAUAGCAGGAAUAUGAAUCUAGAAUCUUAAGCAGAAUAACGAGUCGUCUCCAUAAACUGCAGUAUUUCUCCUCUGGCAUGCUCGCGGUGUCUCCUAUUGAUUUAUGCCAGUAGUGGGAGCAUCGGCGGAGGAGGAGGAGGAAAUCGUGUUGGAUAGGAUAGCCCUCGUGUGUGUGUGUGUGUGUGUGUGUGUGUGUGUGUGUGUGUGUGUGUGUGUGUGUGUGUGUGUGUGUGUGUGUGUGUGUGUGUGUUUCUGUUUCAAAUGAUGACACACGCACACCACCCCGCGUGAGAAGUGCUGUAUGUGGGAGUCCACGGGACGCGGCGGUGCGAGCGCAGGAGGCGGCGACGGUGGCGCUAAGUGCGGAGCGGAGCACAAAGACGCGCGUCGUGAUGCUGGGCUGAUCUGUGCGUGUGAUUCCUCAAGGUCUGCCCGGGGAUGCGAUGAUUCAGUGCAGCUGUAGGAUAACGCAACACGUUGGCACUAACCUGCUUGCACACACCUGGCGCACACACCUAUUCAUGUGUGUGGAGCUUUAUGAUGAGCAAUAGUCAUUUACUCCCUUAGAACAGUUUGUCACAGGCAAGUGAGUUGAGUCUGAGUCUGAGACGAGCGCAGCAUCACAGUCACACAUUCGAGAGGAUGAUGGCAUGUUGACGUACAGACCGUCUCUACUCUGCCUCACGGGGAAUGACUGAACCAGACACGUCCUUCGCUAAAACGUGAACCCUCGCCGGCGUUAAUCAGAGAGAGAAGAAUGAGUCAUAUCCUUGCAGGUUUGAGCUGAUCUGUAAGAUUAGCAUCUCACUGUAAUGGGCGGCCAUCACUCACUCAGCUUUUGGCCAAAAGCGAUUCAACCACUGCUCUUAACCUGUGAAAUAACUUCACAAAUACAGAAUGAAUUUGCAUAUAAUUUGGUACAGAUGUGACUGAGCUCAGGCUGUGGAAAAAGACCCCCCUGUGACCCCACUAUUCGGAAAUGUGUGUGUGUGUGCACUGCCUGCUGGGUAAACAGGACUCAGCCCAUCAGGUGUGCAUUUCACAAGGGCAGAAGUGAGACAACUGGUUGCCAGGGAACCAAGUUGGGAUGUCGCUCAUGUUACACAGAUCUCUGUUCCUGCCGUCUUUCUCUCUGUGUCCUCGCCGGGAUCCAUCUUUCCAUCCGUUCCCGUUCGAGGAUUUGCCAGAUAGCCGUUGGCAUUUUCACUCUUUUUCGGACAAAGGUCACUGGCAGGCGCCAGCGCUCUCGGCUCAGGAUGGUGUUCUGCUUCACGCUGCUGCUGCUGGCAACGAUUCCGUCUGUGGACUUGCAAACAGACCCUCAGCCGCUCUGCUCUCAGGCCGAGUCAUGUGACCUGUGCGUUGGAGAAUCCAUGCUCAACCUCACGGGCUGCGUCUGGAGGCUUUGUCCAGAUGGUAAUGACACGGGCGCGUGUGUGACUGACAGCAACAACACAGCAGACGUCGCCAUGAACUGCAGCUGGACCAGAGUGUCUGAACUGUGCUCAGUCGUAGAGACCGUGGCUGAAGGAGGGGGAGACGGUGACUCAGGUGACGGAGCGACCAAAGCGUCCCCGGAGUUCUCUCAGGCCAAGUUUGACAUGUCCAGCUUCAUCGGCGGCAUCAUCCUGGUGCUGUCCCUGCAGGCGGGCGGCUUCUUCGCCAUGCGCUUCCUCAAGUCUAAAGAGCAGAGCAGCUACGACCCCAUAGAGCAGCCACAGUGAAGACGAGAUGUCUGAAGGACGAGCACGCGAGGGCGGAGGACAGCAGAGCAGUGACUCAUCGCGUUGUGACGACAAGGUUUUUUUUUUUUUCAAGCCCCUGUCAUUUUUGUUCUGUCCCUACUUUACCUCUGGGGGAUGGGUGCGUUUAGAAGGGGGCAUCUUUCUGACUGCAGCUCCCAGGUUGAACCAGUUUAUUCACUUAGGACAAUACACAUUAUUAAACACUGAGCUGAAUACAUUUUUGUUCAUGUUUAGUCUCUGCACAGAUGUGAUGAGAUCAGCAUCACACAGGAUAUUAGACUAAAAUGAUCAAAUGACUGGCGUGCCGUCCCCGCUUCUGCCCACUGAGUCAUCAUAUUUAUAUUAGAGCUCUUUAGGACGUCGGUCUUCAUGCAACCAGACCAGUGAAGAACAAACAAACAAACACACAAACCUCACCUGAAACUGGAUGUAUCAAUUUAGUGUGUAAAUAGUCUAGUUCAUCAGCAACGGGUGACGCCUGUAAACACUAAUCAGCAUUAAAAUUUAUAGUCAAUUUAAAUUUUACAGUUAAUCUUUUCCUUUAUAAUAAUUUUCAUUACAGUCCCAACAUCUCAGGUACAGUAUCAGUAUAAGUAAGAGCUUCAAUCACUCAUUAUAACACUUUUGCGAUUUGUGUGUUUUGCUUUUGAAGGGGUUUUGCUUUUUUAUAAAUUGAUUCAAACUUUAACAUACAUUUCUAGUUUCCCCUUUUGAGUGUACAUUUCACCUAUUACAUAAUUAACCCUUCCAUGACAUUUUUGAUGGGUGUGGUGUGACCCUGUUUACUUAUCAUUACGCAACUGGACUGACAUUUAUGAAAUGUUUGGAUUUUUUUGGCCAUGAAAAUGUAAAGUAUAUCAAGGCUGAAUAAAUGAAGCAUGUGUCCCCUGUCA